AUGAUCGCUUCCAGCUUGAAAAACGCAGAAGGCGAUCCGAUCAUCGAGCUAUUACUUCGAAAAGGCGCCGACGUAACAGCCAAGAGUAACUCCGGCCAGGUACACACCAUUCCCUCCACUCCCCAUCCAAGCAAGAAGAAAAGCAGACUGCUGACAAUCGGUAUCCGUACACAGAAUGCGCUCCACUUCGCAACCUCCAAAGCCAACAUCUCCACCGUCCGCACCCUAAUAGCCAACAAAUGCAGCGCCAGAGUCAAGGAUAAGCGCGGGCAAUUGCCGCUUCACCGGGCCGCAGCGAUCGGGUCGACGGCCAUCAUCAACAUCCUUCUGAAGGAUGGCAAGAGUCCGGUCAAUGCGACUGACAUGGAUGGCAUGACGGCGCUGCAUCAUGCUAUCUGCGAAGGCCAUGGUGAUGCUGCGAUCACGUUGCUCAAGGCGGGUGCGGAGACGGACAAGAGGGAUGCUGAUGGGAGAUUGGCGAUUGAUAUGGCUCCUGAUGGGAAGGUCAAGGGGUAUAUAAUCCAGACUGCUGAGAGAGAGGGCAUAGAGUUGUAG